AACAGGAAAAGUGGUCAUCCUUAAAAAUCUGGAAAUAGCAUCUGAAAUUUAGAUGCUCAAAAAUAAAAAUUCAGGCAUCCAUCGCUGCACCGCCAAGCACAGCUUUUCAAGUACCAGUAUUCUCUCAAAGAAAAAUAAAGAAGAAAAUCUAUAGUACUUAUCUGCUAUCUUAGAUUCUCACUAGUGUGGUGAUUAAGCUGCAUAACUUAGCUUAUUAAUUCUUAAUCAAUCUGCUAUCUGCCCAGAUUUUCUUGGCAGAAGGGCAAAUAGGGGCGGUGGCAAAAUGAGGAGAUUUGCAGAACCAGCUGUGGGCAUCCUGCUGUUCUGGCUAUGCUUCUUCGGCGGUGUCACGGCAGCGGCGGAGUACGUGAAAUACAAGGACCCAAAACAGCCGGUUGGGGUUAGAAUCAGGGACUUGAUGAAAAGAAUGAGCCUUGCUGAGAAGAUAGGGCAGAUGACCCAGAUUGAGAGGCAUGUUGCUUCCCCUGAUGUGAUCAACAAGUAUUUCAUUGGGAGUGUGUUGAGUGGUGGAGGGAGUACACCUGUGCCUAAGGCCCCUGUUGAGGCUUGGGUCAAUAUGGUAAAUGAGAUGCAGAAAGGUGCUCUUUCUACCCGCCUCGGGAUUCCUAUGCUUUAUGGAAUCGAUGCUGUUCAUGGCCACAACAAUGUCUAUGGGGCUACGGUUUUCCCCCAUAAUGUCGGGCUUGGAGUCACAAGAGAUCCCGAACUUGUAAAGCGGAUUGGAGCUGCGACUGCACUCGAAGUCAGAGCCACGGGACUCCCUUACGUUUUUGCUCCCUGCAUAGCAGUCUGUAGAGAUCCUAGAUGGGGACGAUGUUAUGAAAGCUAUAGUGAAGAUCACAAGAUUGUACAAAUGAUGACCGAGAUCAUACCUGGCUUACAAGGAGACCUCCCAGCAAACUCCCGUAAGGGCAUUCCCUUUGUUUCUGGAAGGACAAAAGUUGCGGCCUGUGCUAAGCACUUUGUGGGAGACGGUGGCACGUUCAAGGGCAUUGACGAGAAUAAUACCGUUAUUAGCCUAAAUGGGCUGUUCGAUAUCCACAUGCCUGCAUAUAUUGAUUCGAUCAGAAAGGGCGUUUCAACCGUAAUGGUAUCUUACUCUAGCUGGAAUGGCAUGAAGAUGCAUGCUAACCGUGCCCUAAUCACGGGUUUCCUCAAAAACAAACUCAAGUUCCGAGGAUUUGUCAUUUCGGAUUGGGAGGGAGUUGACAAGAUCACCGAUCCACCCCGGGCUAAUUACACUUAUUCAGUUCAAUCUGCAGUUCUUGCGGGAAUCGAUAUGGUUAUGGGUCAGGAGAGGCUGGCGGAGUUUUUAGAUAUCCUCACUUCCCUAGUGAGGAAAAAUGUAAUCCCGAUGAGCAGAAUAGAUGAUGCCGUGAAGAGGAUAUUGCGGGUUAAGUUUGUGAUGGGUCUGUUCGAUAACCCGAUUGCUGAUCUCAGCUUGAAGAACCAUCUCGGGAGCCGGGAGCACAGAGAACUGGCAAGGGAAGCUGUUAGAAAGUCACUUGUGCUCUUGAAGAAUGGAAAAACCGCAAAUCGUCCUUUACUUCCCCUUCCAAAGAAAGCAACAAAGAUUCUCGUGGCUGGAAUCCACGCGGAUAACAUAGGAUACCAAUGCGGGGGCUGGACUAUAACCUGGCAGGGUCUCGGAGGCAACGACGUUACAAUUGGGACUACGAUAUUAUCUGCUGUGAAAAGAACGGUUGAUCGUUCUACACAAGUCGUCUACCAAGAAAAUCCCGACGCAAAGUUUGUGAGUGGCAACCACUUCGAUUACGCCAUUGUUGUUGUCGGGGAGCUUCCCUAUGCGGAGAUGUUCGGUGACAGCUCGAAUCUUACGAUAGCUGAACCCGGUACCAACAUUAUCAACAAUGUGUGUGGUGCUGUCCGGUGCGUGGUGGUCGUCAUCUCGGGCCGCCCGGUUGUGAUGGAGCCCUAUGUUAACAAGGUAGAUGCAAUUGUCGCGGCUUGGCUUCCGGGAACCGAAGGCCAGGGCGUUGCUGAUGUCUUGUUUGGUGACUACGGGUUCACGGGUAAGCUUGCUCGCACUUGGUUCAAGUCGGUCGACCAGCUCCCGAUGAACGUUGGCGAUCCCCACUACGAUCCCUUGUUCCCUUUCGGGUUUGGUCUCACGACAAAACCUGUAUAAGCCGAGGCGAAAACCGUGGUUUUUAAGGAUAGUUUUAUGCUAUCUACUUGCCAUUUCAAUCUUCAAGCAGACAUCUAUCAUGUUAUCUUAGCUUCAUUUGGAUAGUCCAGCUGAUGUUGAAAGAACAUUAUCAGUGUAACAUGGAACGGUUUCAGAUAAUCUUAAUGAAGCUCAUGCAUUUUAUAUAUA